CCUCUUCUAUUCAUCACAAUUACUGGAUCUGUACAUGGUGUUAUAAUCUGAUGUUUCAGAUAUGAUCAGAUUUUAAUUUUGAAUUGUGAGGUCAUUUAAACAGCUGCCCACACUUGUUGGAUUUAAAAGCGUUUGAUCUUCUUUGAGGACACAAUAUGAUCUUCAUUACUGCUGAAAAACUUCAUUUUGUUUAUUAUCUGUCAAUAGGUCUAUUGAGUCUACCACUGCUUACAGAAUGUAACAAAAUUAGGGUGGUCGGGCCUUCGCGUUGCUCUGGUAGACUGGAGGUCUACCACCAAGACACCUGGGGGACGGUGUGUGAUGAUCACUGGAGCAUUGCCAAUGCUGACGUGGUUUGCCGAGAGUUAAACUGUGGGUCAGUUCUCGAGGCCAAAUCAGGCGCCUUUUUUGGAGAGGGAUCGAACGAGAUCUGGUUGGAUGAUGUGCAAUGUACUGGUACAGAGACUUCUGUCCUCAAGUGCCCACACAGACUGUUGGGGGAAAAUAACUGUGGCCACUCUGAAGAUGCCGGGGUUAUCUGUUCAGAACAUGUGAGGGUGGUCAACGGAAGCAAUCGGUGUGAUGGCAGAGUGGAACUCUACAGCAAUGGCAACUGGAAAAGAGUGUGCAAAAGCAACUGGGGCAAUGAAGAGGCUGACGUGGCAUGCCAAGAGAUUAACUGUGGCACUCCCAUCACUCGGGCUGAAGAACAAUAUUUCGGAGAGACAAGUGGAUUUGGUAAAGUCCAAUCCAAAUGUUUUGGGAACGAGAGCUCCAUCUCACAGUGUACACUUGAGGAAAGCAAGGAGAGCUGUGUUGAUGCCACUAUUGUCUGUACAAACACUAAACCAAUUCGGCUGAAGAACGGGACUAAUCGUUGCUCUGGCCGACUGGAAAUCUAUCACAAUGGACAGUGGGGAACGAUUUGUGAUGACAGAUGGGGGAUGCCUGAAGCAGAUGUUGCAUGUCGAGAGUUGAACUGUGGCGCUGCUCUCUCCGUCAAGUACAAGUCCCACUUCGGCAGAGGUCAAGGUCAGGUUUGGUUGGACGACCUUGAGUGUACUGGUCAUGAGAAGGCCAUAUCCGACUGCCCACACAGAGGUUUUGGAGAACAUGACUGCGACCACAACGAAGAUGCUAGUGUUGUAUGCUCAGAAUCGGUCAGAUUGUUCAAUGGGACUGACCGCUGCUCUGGCAGAGUGGAGGUCUCUCAUGACGGCCAAUGGGGCAAGAUUUGUAACAACUGGGGCAAAGAUGAGGCUGCAAUGUUGUGUCAGGAACUCAGUUGUGGAAUACCCAAAAAAAACCAAGAAAUCUUCCAUUUUGGUGACAGCGCACUGAGAGGGUACACAAUUCAAUGCACUGGCAAUGUGAGCUCCAUCUCCGAAUGCAAACUUCGAGAAUACACUAGGGGCUGUGAAGGAGCUUCUAUUUCAUGCGGAGGUAAUCCACCGCUACGCCUUGUCAAUGGCACUGACCGAUGCUCUGGUAGAGUGGAGAUCAUGCAUGACGGCCAGUGGGGAACAGUCUGUGAUGACGAGUGGGACAUCAAAGAUGCUCAGGUGGUGUGCAGAGCCAUGGACUGUGGAACAGCUCAGACAGCCAAAACCAGUUCCUUCUUUGGUCAAGGCCAAGGGGACAUCUUGCUCGACGAUGUGGGCUGCUUCGGUAAUGAGACGUCCCUUUUGCACUGUCGACAUCCCAGCCUCGGAGAAAAUAACUGUGGCCACAGUGAAGAUGCCGGUGUGGUGUGCACAGCCAACAUUCGACUGAUCAAUGGGACUGACCUGUGCUCGGGCAGGGUGGAGUUUUACCAUAAUGGAGAAUGGUCCUCAGCAUCUGCUGUGAACUGGGGAACGAAUGAAGCUGCAGUGGUGUGCAAAGAGACAAACUGUGGAGAUCCUGUCAAGUUCUCCGGAUCAUAUGGUCAAAGUGGACAGCUUAGAGGGUAUAAGAUCAGUUGCAGCGGUAGAGAGAGCUCUCUCACACAGUGCACAAUGUCAGAAUCUGUCAGGACCAGUCUGGGUAGCAUUGAAGAGGUAUCCAUCAAAUGUUCAGGUAAUGUGAAGUUGUCCGAUGGGCACAAUCGCUGUAUUGGAAGAGUGGAGUUUUUCAACAAAGGCCAGUGGGGGACCGUGUGUGGUGAAUCCUGGGAUGUGAAUGACGCAAAUGUGGUGUGCAGACAGCUGGACUGUGGGAAGACUCAUAAGAUUACCACCAUUUCCGAGGUUGGCCAUAGCUCAGGAGAGACCUGGAUGAAUUCAAUUGAAUGCAAUGGAUUGGAGUCAACAUUAAGUCAGUGCCCACAAAGACCAUUUAGAGACAGAACUUGCAACAUCACCUCAGUUGCUGGUGUCAUCUGCACAGGAAGUUUGGAGGUCCGGUUGAUUGGUGGUAAGGAUGAGUGCUCUGGCAGACUAGAAGUCCGUCAUGGCAACGAGUGGCAAACGGUGUGUGACACAGACUGGACCAUGAAUAAAGCUCAGGUGGUGUGUGAGCUGCUGGAAUGCGGACAUUCAGUGAACUCUUUCGGUGGUGCCCAUUUUGGCCAGGGCAUUGGAUCAGUAGUCGACGCUAGUGAUUCAUGUUUUGACAAUGUGACAUCUAUUCAGCAAUGCUCAGUCAAAGGUUUCAGAGGAGCCACGUGUGGGCACGACCAUGACGCUGGUGCUGUCUGUGCAGCACCGAUUCGGUUGGUUGGCGGCUCAGGUCAAUGCUCCGGAAGGGUGGAGGUCCUCUAUAAAGGCCAGUGGGGAACUGUGUGUGACGAUGACUGGGAAAUGAGCAAUGCCGAUGUGGUAUGUAGACAGCUUGGCUGUGGUCAUGCAGUUUCUGCUCCUCCAAGUGCCCACUUUGGCAGAGGCACUGGUCCAAUAUGGCUGGAUAAUGUGGGUUGUAAUGGCGAAGAGUCUGCUCUCACACAAUGUACACAUCCCGGUUUUGGACAAAAUAACUGCGGGCAUGGUGAAGAUGCUAGCGCUAUCUGUUUAGGUUCUCUACAGAAGCCCCAAAUCACUUUGAGUCCUGCUCCAGAGGUAAACUGGGGCGAAAGAGUUGAGAUCACCUGCACUGUAAUAACUGAACACAUGAGUGGGACAUUUGUCCUGAAAAGGACCCAAGACUCAUUUAGAUUAGAAAAAUACUCUGAGAACGAAGCUGCAACCUUUACCUUCCCCGCAGUGGACUUCAGCCAAAGGGGGUCAUACUUCUGUGAAUAUCAAAAGAAACUGGCCAAUCAAAUCAUCAAUUAUCCUCAAGGAAAUACUGCUGAUCUCACCGUCACAGUGAAACUGGAGAAGCCCAGCAUCUCCCUGACAUCUCCUCAUGCAAUGGUGAUCUACAGCCCUGAAAAAAUAUCAGUCACCCAAGGCAGCAGCUUAUCCGUCACUUGCUCAAUUCAUUCCAAGUAUACUGGAGGUGUCUUCUAUCUAACAGAGUCUAACUUGAACACCACUGAAACGGUGCCAGCGUUUGGCCACUCUAUCUUCUACUUGGCAUACUUUGAAUUCACAGAUAUAGAUUAUAAAAAACAAGGAAAGUAUUACUGUGUCUACGCAGUUAACAUCUCCUCAACGUACUUCUGCUCUGUUCCCUCCAAGUCACUCCAAGUCAGUGUAGUCGCAACAUCAUCCUCAAUUGCCUUAGGAGUGGGUAUGGGCGGGCUAGUGGUGCUGUUACUUGUGCUUGUUAUAGGUUACCUGGUCUGGAGAAGGAGACGGUGGGGUGCUGGUACCAUGGUUCGGUUUAGUAACAGGUUUGGAGGAGCAAUAAAGCAAGAUAUGGAUGACAAGAGCAACGGAGCACUCGAUGGAAGAGGCCAAAACACCCAAGUGACUGGGCAUGCACAAAGUCGCGGCUCGGAAGACAGCAAUGCUGAUGUUGAUAACUCUGUUGAGACAGAACCUGAAGACCUGGCUGGGAGAGUGUGUUAUGAGCUCGAACCACUCUUUCUCUCGUGAUAACCAAAUGCCUCAAGGAAUCAAUAACGUCAUAAUGUCAUGCGAUUUCACUAAAUUUAAAGAGUAACAUAACACCUGGCUGAUAAAACAAGCUUUUAUGAUUCUCUCUGGCUGAAAGUUUUAAGUCUGUUGCACCAGAAACCACACCCAACAGAGAUGUCUUGGUUUAUUGAUACACCCUGGUGUGACCACUGGAGGUGAAAAUGUGAUUUUGAGUAACAUAAAUUACGUUUGUUUAAAAGGGCAACACUUAUUUUCAUACUUGUUUCUAAAGUGAUUUUUGUUUUUCUGCGAGAUUCUGCCAAUCACAAAGCUAAGGUCCACUGUCCUGUGGGAAGAUACUGAUUAUUUUUUCUUUGUAUUGCUUGACAAUUUGCUUUAUUUGGUGUAUGUGAUCUGAUCAAUACAUUUUUAUUUCUUAAAACA